UUAGAAACUACGAUUGUCAAUCCGAGAAAUGAAGUUAUCCCAGAAUUUCAGAUUGCUGAUAUCAGUGAUGAGUUAGAGACUUGCUGGCGUCAGCUGGGACCCAGGCUUAAGAUUACAGCAGCAAAGAUUAAAAACAUUGAUGAGGAGAACAAAGAUGACUGGACCAAAGCGAAUAAUCUUUUGAUCCUGUGGAAACAGCAGGAAGGGUGUAAUGCUACAGUUGGUAAUCUGGCAGAUGUUUUAGAGAAGAUAGGAAGGAAAAGAAUUGCUGAAAAACUGCUUGGUAAGUUACUGAUUGCAUUGAGUAUAUAUACUGAAAGCACAUAUUACAGAACAGUGCUUGUUAGGCUUUUGUACAUUACGCUAGCAUUUUUUCGAGCACUUUAGUGAGGCAAAAGCAUUGAGCAUUAUUCGAGCAUUUUAGUGGCAUUUUCCCCAGAAAAUUAAUUUUUUCCGAGAAAAUAAAAUAGAAAUGAACUUUUUUCAGGAGCCCAUGCCCCAUGAGCUCCUGCUUUAUUAAAGAAAAUGAAGACUAAAACUCAAAAUUCACAAAAAACCUAAUACAGCUGUUCUUUUUGGCUGUAUUUAUGAACUUGUACACGUUGUCGUUGUUACUUGCAACACUUCUACGUUUUUGUAAGUGUAAACUUUAAAAUUAAUUUAAAAAACCGUUUGUAUAAUGAGUAUUAUCCGAGCAUUUUAGUGACUUUUUUGGGGAGACCGAGCAUUUUAGUGGGAAAAAUGGAGCAUUAAGGUGGAGCAUUUUAGUGGGAAAGCAAAAGCAUAAUGUACAAAAGCUUAGUACUUGUCUUGUACAGGGACCAUGUCUACCCCUUCAAGCCCCAAUAUCCACCAACAAAUUCUCCAAACUGGUCUCUACAUUUUGUAUACAUUUGCAUAGAGAAUAAGUAGAGAGAAUUUAGUAAAAGAUCCAAGCGUUUUCCUCUAGGUGAUAAUUCCAUUAAUUCUCACAAAUUUUUCUCUUGAUUGUGUAUGGAUGUCGUUUUGAGAAAAUUGACGUUUGUCACCCGUGGGAGUUAUAAGAUAAUUGAAAAAAAAAAGGAGCUCAGGUUUUUUAAUGCAAUGUAAAAUAAAUUAAAGAACCCCCUGACCAUGGAUGAUUGACUCUUUAGACUAGUUCUAGCAGAACUGAAGCUCAUUUCUGUUUCGUUGACAAUUACUGUUGUUUGUUGGGUGCUGUCAAUACAGGCAUGAGACCUAGCUUUUUGGGUCUAUCAGACAAAAAAAUUACUUACAGAGUGUAACCAAUAGUACUCCUGGGAAUUUUCGGUGGGUGUACUGUAUGCCGCCCAGUUCUCCAAAUCCAGACCCCAUCUCAGAACAAAAAAUGGCAUUUUCCAAGCCAAUUUUCAGACUUGACCUAUGUUUACAUGCAUGUAGGCAGAAUUAGCUAUGUUAUCUUUACUUAGAUUAGAAUGCCAACAAAUUAAACAGAUUUCUUAAAAUCCAUUUUGAAUUUGCAUAUUUCUCUUCCUUUCUUAUUUAUUUGGAAUUGAAAUGAUAAAUACGUUCAUACACUCCCGUAGUUUUCUCGAGAAACACACCCGAUUCCAGACCAAAAUGGGCAAAGUCUCUGCCCGUUUUCAGACCAAAACGGCACAAAAACCCUAGCCUUUGGGAGGGGGCACGUACCUACCUUCCCCGGGAACUUAGUCUUUUGACAUUGCAUCAAUUUUUAUAGGAGUGGGGGAAAUUGUCAAGUCAAGUCUAUGUUACAUGAACCUUGAGCAUUAAUUUGUGUCUAUCUGUAAAACAGGUUGUAGGAUAAUUUAUUUUUUCAUUUUCCCCAUGUCAAUUAUCUUAUUUGUUUGGCUUUAGGAGAGAGUAAUGAUGCAUUGGAGAUACCAACAUGUGCACCAGUUUCCACUGGUGACGUGAUCAGUUUGACAGUGCAGAAUGCCAGACAGGACAAGGUUAAUUAGUUAUUCUUCUUUUAAAUAUUCAUAUAUCUGACAACAUUUGCCUCUAGAAAUCACCCUCACAUCCCUCUAUCGACUCUGGUUUACCAUUUUUGUUGUACCUUAUUUUGUUUUUGGUUUUCGACAACUUUGUCUCACUAAAUUUUUUUCUUAUAAGCUGUAGAAAUACACAAUCACUAAAUUUUAAACUGUAUGAAACCCCAGUUGGGGGGGGGGGCAUGCCCUUAUUUGGCCUGACAUUUUCAGGGUAUGGGCUUCUGAACAGGGUGGUAUUCAAGGUCUUAAGUCUUAAACGGGAUAUACAGUUUUACUACUCAGAGCUCUUGAACACGGCUUCUUUUUGGAUCAGAAGCCUUUAAAAGGGGGUGAAGUUUGGCAAUGGCCGGUCGACAUUUGUGGUACCAACUUUUUUUUCCAAAUAAUAUAUUUCCAUGAUGUUAGUUUGAAAAAUUGUUAUUUAUUCUGUAUAGAAAGCGAUGAGUCAGGCUCAUAAAAUAAGGUCUUCUUGUCUUGGUCAUGGUUUGAAGGCGAAUCUAUAGGCGAAUCUUUGCUGACGUCAUUGCUUACAUUUUUCCUCAUUAGCACACGACCUAAGUCAUAGAAGCCGUGACCGUAUAUACGAACUAAAUUCAAAGCUUGAAAGAGCUGAUUAAGUUAAGCAAUUUGUACAAUUUUCAACUCUUUGCAAGCAAUAUUGAAAGAAAUAUCAGCCAACAAAAACUGCGAAAUUGCUGGGUGGCAAAAAAGUCAAUGAACCGUACAUUCUCUGUAAAAACUUCGAUUUUUAGAGAAUAUUUCUCCGAAACCAUUCGGUGUAUUGGGCUCCAACUUUCAGAAAUAACUGAAACUGUUAUGCCCUUUCAAUAUUCAGAGUUUGUAUUUUAUUAGCGUCAUCAGAUAGUGAUUAGCAUAUGUUAAUGAGGCAAAAACUGUCAACAAGGAUUCGCGUGUACCACCAUCACAAAGAUUUUCAUUCCUUUUCCAUGACUCCCCCAGUCUCUGUGUGACAAAUAAUUAUUAGAAAUUAGCGACACGUUGGAAGUCGGCUUUCGCGGUCGGCUAUUUUAGAUUUCCUUAAUUUUGGCCGUCUCAAGAAAAGUUUCCCCGGAAACAUCAUGACGCUCAGUGUCAUAAAGCUCUGAGAUGGGGCAGCACUAAUUAUUGAAGGAUCUGCUUCGUCCAAUGAUUUCUUACCGUAUUCGUGUUUUCUUUGGUUAAAUGCAACUUAAAUAAUGUGCAAACAGAAACGGAAAGGCAAUACAAUGAGUAUUAUAUUGUAAGGCUGUUCAAAAUAGUGGAAAAUUUGACCCUGUGUCAAUAUCAUUUGCAACCGUCACAAAAUACUCUUUCUGUUUUUACAGGUUUUUAUCUGUGCAGAUGCUGAUGGAAAUAAAUUUAUUGUAAAAGCAGUUAAUGGAAGCAAAGGACCGUGGAAUACUAACGAGGUAAAUUUAUUUGGUAGAGCAGAGUAUUUGAGUUUCCAUGCUAGAAGAGGUCUACUUCUAAUCUGGAGGCAGUCCUUUUUCUAGUCACCGUGCCUCUAGCCAAAAACGUAGGACCGAAACCUUUCACCUCCAUUUCCGCUUGUCUGAAACCAUGUACAAUAUUUUCUUUCUGCUUUGAAAAGAGUAUGUGUUCGCAGGCUACGAUUUGGCAGGCGGGUUUGGGUGUAUUUGGAAAACUGUGCGUAGGUCCGGGAAUCUAGCCACACUCCAAAAAUCACUUUACUGAAAGAUUAUAACCCAGAAAAAACAUUUUGCUCCAUUUUCGCGCCUCAAUUUAUCUUUACAUAUUUCUGACCCUUUUUUUGUUUCGUGUAUAUAUCACCAAUUCAUGCCAAUUUUCUUCGCAUUCGAUAAUGACCGGCCCCCUCUUGUGGCUGGAAAUAAAGCAUUUGCGUCUUACUUUCAUCCUUUUGGCUUUAAAUUUCCUUAUCACUGAGUCUACUGUAUGUUUUUAGUUCUUUGACAAUGUUCUGCCAUGAUGAUCAGUAAAUAAUAAUUAGAAAUAAAACCUGUGUUUUAAUUGGCAGAUCCUAAAGAAUGAAGAGUUCCUAGAAAAAGUAGCUUCAGCUGCCUUGGACGUGGGAAAAACAGAAGAGCAGAAACUCCAAGAAAUGUUGAAGCGCUGUUCCUUUGCUGGGAUUGAAGAACUAAAUAAGGAUGUGCAAGACCUUAACAACAAAAUGAAACAAGAUUACAAUUGCAAAUGCGAUGGAGAAACUUGUACAAGGAUUACAAGCCCACCUCCAAAGAAUGCACAGCCAACAUUAGUGCCACUACAAGUUGCAACACAACACCUACUUUCCUGCGAGGACCACAAAACCUAUUUUGUCGGGAUUUUCAAAGGUCUCAUUAAGUGGAUUGGAGAGGCUGCUCAGCUUGGAGAAGACAACUUCAUGUGUAUUAAACUACUUUGUGACUCCAUAAGGGAAUUCAAAGAUCAGGAAAGGAAAUUUUUCCUUAAAAUUAAGCAGCUUCAAACCAUGAAGCAACAUUUCAAUCACAAGCAAGUCGCUCAAGUUGAAGAAUUAGAGAAGUGGAGGAAGAUGCAAAAGAAACACCUUGAUGAAGUCGAAAAGCUGCUCUCAAGCUUCCUUUGUCAGGGGAAAAUUGAAAACAAGAAGGUAUACAAGGUUAGUAUGGUUAGAAAAAAUGAUGCAAUGCACAAAUAAUUAUUGUUGUUUAUCCAUUUGUUCAAAUUUGGCCGAAUCAAAGUGAGUUCUCCACUUGUCGAUCAUAGUCCGCCUCAAACCAUCAGAUCAUAGUUUAAAACUCUUUAACAGGGACCUUAAGAUCUGAUGACGGCGACGGCAGCGGGAACGUCAAAAAGUCAAUUGGUGUCAGAAUUGGCAAAACAGCAAAACAAGAAAUUUGCUCGUUUUAGGGAGGACGCUGAAACAAGCGACGUCAAAACAUUUUUCUUUCUCUUUUUGAACUUGAAUAUGGCUCGUGGGAAUUCAACUCACGGAGAGUUCGCCUACAUUUGACGUAGUAAGUGAGUAGGAAUAAUCGUGAUGAAGGUUGCAGGGUUUAUUCUAGAAAUUGACCAAUGAGGGUCAAAUAGGCCCCCUUCUGUAAUUUUAGGGGGCCCUUUUUCAAGAAAGGGGGUCCUUGAAAGGGGGUCCCUCAAAAGGUAUUUGAACUUAUUGUUACAGACUGUUCCAUGCGAAAACGAACGUUUAUUGAAAUUAUCAUUUACAGACUUGCAAGUACUGAACAUCAAGUUAAAAAGACUCUAAUGCUUUAACGUAUAUGGAAAGCUUUUUUGCUACAUAUAUUCUGUACUUUCAUCCAGCAUUAGGAUGAAUAAUUUUGUUUCUUUCAGGCCACAAGUUUUAAGGAAAAGAGUCUCCGUGACUCGUGAUUCAGAUCAUAGCUUUUCUACUCUCCUGUUCCUUUUCGUACGCAUACCUGGUAGGCCUCAUGACAAUCAAAUUUGGACAAGGGAGGUCCUUCAAUUGAAAUUGUCAUCAAGUUGUCCAUAAGGAUUCCUCCCCUUAUCUGUUCCUCAUGGCCGUUUUUGUUAAAUUCUGGUUACUGAAACCACAUUCCACAUCUGUUGUUUGAAAAAAAAAAUUGCACUUAUCCUUGGGUCUACUUUUUCGGGCGCCCCACUUGACGCGGCAACGUAAAUUUCAUGCGGCAUUUUUUUUCCAAAUUGCGGAAAUCCCACAAGGUCGUCGCGCUCUAGAAUAAACCCUGAGGUUGGUGGACGUCAAAGUCACAUUUUAAGCGACGUUUUCGCCACCGUCGCCGUUUUCGGAUCUUAAGGUCACUAUAAUGGAAGACGGGUGAACUGGUAGAUCAGGAAUUCUCAUGAUUUUAGAUUUUCUCUACCUCUCUUCCAGUGCUAGAACGUGUUAUCGUUAGUUAAAUACAGAAAAGCUCUAUCAGUUGUAAUUUGGUUUAAAAGUGCCUUACUUAUUUGUUCAUUGUAUCAAUACUUUAUUUUUUUUUAGAGAAAGCGCAUCCGCAAGUCUCGAAAACGUCGCAGUAUAUCUGCACCAUUUUGUCCACAAUAUCUUUCAAAUAUAUGGACAAUGACACGGGUUUGUCUGACUAUUUUGUUAUUCAUUAUUAUGUUUAGUUGAAGAAUGUAGUUAUUCAACGUGUCAUGUUAUGGUGUACUUUUUUGCAUCGCCACCCGUGAGUUUGUGCUUGUAUUCUUAUGGUAGCGAUCCUGGGAGAUGAGUACUUCAAGUAUAAGUCAAAUUAUCACUGACGGAAAAUGCCUUAAUCCUGACUGAACAGAUCACCCUAAAUCCCUCGAAAGAUGACGCUAAGUUCCUUAAAAGAUUGCGCUUAAAAUCACUGAAAAGAUUGCCCUUUAUCCCUGGAAAGAUGGCGCUAAAUCCCUGGCAAGAUUACUCUAAUCCCCCGGGAAGGUUGCGCUUAAAAUCCUUGGAAAGAUUGCGCUGAAUCCCUGGAAAUUGAUCACACUCCUUCCUGCUUACUGGCUUAUUACAACGUCUGUAUAAGUCCGUCUGUCCGUCCGUAAGGUCAUUUCUAUUGUCCUCGUAGCGCACGGAGGAAGUACCGGGUUCGAGUACACCCGGCUUUGCCCCUUUUUUCUUUUCAUGGUUACUAGAAUACAGACUAUUCAUUGCCAGUAAGCACAUGUCCUCUUCGGGGACUAUUAUUAUUGUUGCCAUACCUCCAUAUUGGCCCUAGCUUCUCCCUUGCCUUGGUAAAGAGCAGCUUACCAAAAACUACCAAAAAUGCAACAGUUUUGUCAAUACAAUGUCUUACUUUUCCUAUCGUUACUUCUUGGAUUUAAAGAUCUGUAAAGGAAUGCCGAGUAAUUAAGGAACAAAAACCGCACCACAUUUAAUAUGGCAAGGGUCUUUUUAAGGGGGCAUUCUGGUUGUUUGGGGGGCAAACGAUGAUGUUAAUUUGAGAAGGAAAGAAAUUAGGGUAGAAAAGGUAUAUAUGUUGCAGUUAAUUUUUUAUUUUAGUUAAUUUUUGUUUUUCUUUUGUUUCAAAUUCAUUGGCAUACAUUACCUUAUCCAAAAACAAUGGAGAAAUAAAAAUUAACUGAGAUAAAAAGUUAACUACAGUGACAAAAUACAUAUAAACCAAUUGGUCUGCAAAUGAGUUCAGACUGGCACUUUGUUUUGGUGAUGGACUACCUGGUUUUGUUGUCUGGUGCUAUUGUCUUCGUUAAUCUAUCCUUACUUCGAGCUUGAUAUUCAAUAAGAUGCAAUAUACCGAACCUUGUUACUAAAGCAAGAAUCUGAGUAAAUUGAAUGAUGUUGCUCCUUUUUGCUAAUUCCUUGUCUUUUAGGGUAAUUUUUCUGGGGGGCGUUCAUAUGACAGAGGGCGUUUGUUAGAGAGAGGCAUCUAAUGCAAACUUAACACCGUAGAGGGGACGUUUAUAACGCAAGAGGCGUUUAUUUGAGGGGGGGGUGGGCGUCAAUUGGAUCAUUCACAGUAAUCGCACAAGAUUCGCGAAACAGCUACACACCUUUUGAAUUAUACUCAAGAAGAAUGUUAUUAGCUUUAUGUGAAUUGUGAUUAGCAUUUUCAUUUUAAUAUUUUUUAAUCGGCUAAACUACGACUCAUAUUAACUUGUUGGUUGUCUUCUUUUUCAGUCCUGAGUUCAACCACUUGUUUAUGACAAUGUCCGAGUCGGAUAAUGACACGAGAGGAUUAACACAAGAGCUAUCAAGAUGAAGAGUAAGAUGAUAUUGCCGGGGAAAAAGACUUUGAAUCAUUUUUGAGCACGAUAAAUUGCAAAUUGAACAGCAAAUUUUGAAAUGAUAAAAGGAGUUAAUUGUAGGUGUAAUUGUAAUCGUAGGUAUAGGUUAAUUGUAGUAGUAACUCGCUAGUCAAAAAAUCCUCGUGGAAAGUACAUUAAUCACAAUGUCUAAUGGUCGAAUAGUUCCUCCCACCUCAUAGGUAAAUACCGUAUUUCCUCGAAUCACCCACGAAUAAUAGCCACGGGCGAUUAUUUCUUUUUUCGCGCCAAAAGGGGGCGAUUAUUGGAGGGAGGCGAUUAUUUUCAGAUUUUUCACUAGAAAUCGUUCCCAAAAUAUUUUGUUGUAUUUUCCCAUUAAAUCAAAAAUAAACACAUCAAAGAAACUGAUCAUAGGCUUUUUAAGAGUUCCAAAUUUGGUUCCUUGAUUAAUUUUCAUUGUCAAUAUCCCCGGCGUCGUCACUGAUCAGUUUUGCUGGAUCAGACUACACUUUAGGUUCAUCCUCCAGAUUUACCGCUAUGGGUAUCGACGGGUUACGUACAGUGGUGGGAGGGGGUGAUUAUUCGAGGGACGUCUAUUGUUCGAGGAAAUAUGUUAAGUUGGUUAAGAUUUUUAUAAUUAUUCUUUACUUUUACAUUUCCUUUACUUACAUGUAAAUAAUUUUGUUGGGAUAUUUUCUAUUCAAUACUUGUGAAAUAUUUUUAUGUUACGAAUACAGCCAAUCGGUGGGCUGAAGAGCUGGAGAAUAUUUUGCAGUGCAUCCCAGUCUUCCUAGGUGGUCCGAUUUGAGCGAAGUGUUGGUCGGUUUGCACUUAAAAUAAGUACUGUAGGAUAAUAUAGGUUAUCUAAUGUUUUCUCCUGGCAUACCGUGAAAUAUCCCUAAUUUGCCAGGAUUUUACCACAGGUUAUAUUUGAAUUUUUGUUACAAACUUUUUACCUUAGCAAGGGUUAAUUAUUUUAUUUAUUUAUUUAUUUAUUUAUUUAUUUUGGCAUUUUCGAAGAAAUCAAGUCACGAGUGAGAUAUUUUUACUUAUUAAUUUACUUAUAUACGACAGUUUGUAUACAAUUUUUUAUUCAGACUUAUUUGACCAUUGACUUCGUCACGGUUAAAAAUAUUGAGAAACUAUAUUUUUGGUAAGAUGCCGAUUUCUAUUCAAAUGCAAGUCCUUUUUCCAAGCAAAAAUGUUUUGUAGUUCUUAUGGGACGUAACAAAAUUUCUGCUGUGCAGAUACAAGUAUAUUUUCAGAUAGCAGAAAAAUUUACUCCAAACACAUAUUAAACUCAAGCGAAUAGAAAUUUAAAAUCUUUUGUACCAUAAAACUAGUGAAUUCUAUGCUGCUGUGUUUGACUAGUUUUUACGAUCUGUUCAGAGUGCAAAGGGCAGUUACUGGCAUGGUAUUUGUUUUUAUCUCUGUUUUGGUAGAUAUGGCAUGCCUUCCAUGCUCGUGUUUUUAUUCCCCUCUAUUUCAUGACGAAAUACUACAAUCAUGGACAAAAGUCUUAUGACACAAUUUUAUUUGUGGGGCUUUUUUCAAUUCACACAUGCCCAGUCCCUCCCCCACCCCACAAACAACGUUGGACGCCUGUAUCCAGAAUUUUUUCCGAGUAUACUACAGCACUGUCCUAAAGGACUUUUGUCCAGGAUUGUAGGUUCCACUUUGGUCUGCGAAAAAAGGCGCGGUGGCGAACGAUGAGAGGCGACACAGGGAACCCGAACGUUGUAUUAGCCAAUAAAAUAAAUAGCAAUUAUUCACCUCAGUGAAUACCACUAGCCACCGACACUGAGGUGAAUAAUUGUUUUAGUAUAUACUAAAACAGUGAGAUAAUUGAGCACAAAAAAGAUGAUUUUUAACUCAUUUACUGUUGCCAACGAUUACAAUUUUGGCGCGCAAUGACCGAACGGCCGCGGUCGUCGCUUUUUCUUGCCGACAAAUAAAACUUUUGAAGGCAUUUGUUUAGCCCUUGGGAAAAUUUCUUCAAAAGGAGUUAUGAAUUCUUUUUGUAUUUAAAAUCAUUCUGUAAAAAAGAUUAUUAAAUUUAGUUUUCAGCUUAUUUACGAACAAGUCAACUAAAUAAAAUAACGUAAGACUUAAGCUUAAUUUGCAUUUGUAAACAAAAAACUUUUUCACCGGUUUCAUCGAUAAAUUCAAGUCAAAAAGACAAAGCUUUACUUGUUAAAACUUCCAAACCGAACUUCGUCACCUUCUUCGUGUAUUUCGGGAACAGCUUGCUUGAUUAGUUGUGAAAUUUCUUUGUUUGUUUCGGCAGCAAACCGGGAAGGCAUUUUGCUCGCAACUUACGCGAGUUUGGCGUCGCUCGCUCGGAGGAACUAGAGGUGAAUCAGUAUUGCCGGAUAUUCACUGACUGAGUAGCCAAUCAGAGCGCGCGAAAACCAUUAUCCACUGUUUUAGUAUAUACUUGAUCACAGGACAUUUCCUUACCUGGUUAGAAUGUUUAAAAGAAAUUUGUUUAAAGAAUACCAAGAAUAUUGGUCGAAAAGUCUGACCAAGGAUAAAUUCGACUCCUCAGUUGACAAUAAAUUAAGUCUGUAUAGUGAAGUGAAAAACGAAAAUGAAUCUUAUCUUGAUUUAAUAAAGAACGUUAAGACAAGAGUGGCAGUAACCAAAAUGCGAAUUUCUUGCCACUUGCUACCUAUUGAAUCUGGGCGCUACAAGAAGAUACCCAGAGUUGAGAGGCUUUGCCCCCUUUGUAAUAGAUCCGAAAUUGGUGAUGAAUUCCACUAUUUGUUGAAAUGUACCCACUCAUCACUUUCUCAUAUAAGGGGUACCUUCUUGGAGAUCCUAUACUCGAUAAACAGUAAUUUUACGAAUACGUCUUGCAAGGCACUAUUUUUAUGUAUAAUGUCUAUGUGCGAUCAAAACAUCUUAAAUCUCAGUGCCUCUCAUAUUGAAAAUAUUCUAAAUUGUUAUGCAAAUUGUUAUGAAAAUAUUCUAAAUUGUUAUGCAUGUAAGAUUUACUGUAGCUCUGCCAUUGAUUUUCCCCUGUGUAAUUAUGAUAAUAUUUUGUUCUAAUUAUCUAACCGAGGGAGCCCAUUCCUUAUAAGCCGGGUGGCUUCUCUUGGGCUUCCUCGCCAUGAGAUUUUAAGUAAUUAGAUUUCAUUUGAUUUGUACAAUUUUUUGGCAAACAAAACAAUAAACAAAUCCGAACUCUAAUUAAACUUUCUUGCCAUACGAGUAGCGGAGAAGCCGUACAUAGCGAAGUAAUUUUUUCUUUUAUGAUAAUAUUCAAUUGAUCCUUUCUUUCUUACUUAACUUUUAUUUUACUUUUUUCAUUCGUUAUUGUUUUGUUACUGAAAUCUUCAUGUCGAAGAUCAAUUCAAUAAAGUUGUCGUAGUGAUGAAAUAACAAGAUGUAUUUACCUGUGUUCCUGUGUCGUUUUAGAAGGGAUUUGAAGCCGAUCAGAAACGGUUAACAUUGCUGGUUAUCAAAUGCGUUUGCUUGUCCGGGCGUGUCGUAAAUAUUCUAAACAUUCUAAUAUUCUAAUAUUGUCAUGUUAACUAUUAACGCUCGACAUAUUAGAAACGACGUGAGACUAAAUUUGAGCGUCUUAUUUACGACACGCCAGACAAGCAAACGCAUGUUGAUAACCAGCAAUUAUGGGUCACAUGCGAUUGGGUUUUGGGAGGUGUAGUAAUAUGCCAGGGUUCCUGGAGGGAUCUGGGAGCAUGCCCCCCGCCGAAAUGUUUUGAAAUGAAGAUGCGCUGAGAUGCAAUCUGGUGCAUUUUGAGACACAAUUUUGAGAAAUGUUACAGUGAUAUUUUAUUUUAUUUUUUCGUCGUGAUGGUGUUCCUUGUCAUAUAGUGUCCUUAGACAGAGAAAACUAACUUCAUGUGCACUGACUCGUCGUGUCUGCAUGAUUUUUUUUUUCAAUGUAAUUUCUUAUAUACUGUAAUGAUAAAAAUUUCUUUUGGGGGAUGGAAGCUUCUCCCCCACAAAUACCCUAGAUAGAACCCUGUACGUCAUGUGUUUGUUGUGGUUCAAAUUUUUUCUUCGGUUUGAAUUUUUCAAACUGGUGUGAAACUGGUUUAAAAUUUUUAAGCACACAACUCAUUCUCAUUUAUUUGUAUCUCUGAAUGUAAAAUACUCUGUGUAAAAUAAACUCGGCUGGAGCUUAAAGUCGGAGGAAAAGUUCUAUCCGAAUUAUUAUUUUUACAUGCUAGUGAGCAGAUUGAUGCAUUGAUCCAACAACAAGUCUUCAAUGAGUAUGAGAUACAGGACAUACAGUGAAUGGAAAGUCAAUAACUCCCUUUUCCUAAUUGUAAAUCCCUGAGGACGAGUUUGUAACUAAGCAACAGUAAUGUGUCAAUAACAAUAAGAAUCGAAGCUUUCUCGGUUCCUCUCAUACAGUUUCGACAUGGUAUACACACUUACAACGUAAGCAUGAAAGCGAGACCUAGGGGCCACAUCGCAAUUAAAUUGUAUAAAGUGACCGAAGCGCACCCUACAACUACCAUAAAAAAAUAGUUGCCACAAAUGCUACGUUGUUGCGCUUUGUAAUAAUCGUUCCGAUAAUAGCAAAGGCUUGACGUUUCAAGGAUCCUUGCCGAAGGUUAGCUUCUCCACUGUCCACUUUCCAGCGCACGUUCAUUUGCUAUAACUAAACGGCUCCAGGAAUAUCUUCUGGAGUUAAAUUUUAAAUAUCUAAAUCACAACUCGUUCUUGUUUUCACCUCCCUAUUUACUUUUUUAAAGUUUGCGACAAAUCUGGUGACGAGUAGGCCUCGCUUUCAUACUUACGUCGUAAGUGUGUACUGUUUUGAGGUCAGUCAUAGCAAGGAGAAACUAUUAACUUUAAAAAUCAAAGCCUCAUGACAACAAAAAUUUUGUUUGUUCGUUCAUUCACUCAUUCAUUUAAUGAAUGAAUGACUGAAUAAACCAAUCAAUCCUUCAUUUCUUUCCAGAGGACUAAAACUGACUCAUCAAAGAGUGCUAGCAAGUCACAAAGCCUCAGUGAGCUCCCAGAUGCUGAUAAAAAGUUCGUCAUAUCAGGACCAGUGUGUGUUCAGCAGCUGCAUUGUUUGGACUCAGACAAGAAACUCAACAAUAAAAAGGUUUGUAUUUCGUCGUUACUGUAA